AUGUCCGAUCCAAGCGCCGAGCUCCAAUCCACCCUCCGCAACCUGUCCAUCGGCGAAAAGGGACAAGGUCCAGAAAUUGCCCGCCCAACAAAGACAAUCGCCGAAUCCAGCACGAAAAAGGCAGCCACCAAGAAAGCAAAACCCGUCGCAGAUUCAUGGGAAGACGAGGCAGAUUCAGACUCAAACUCAGAACAUGAACCAGAACCAGAACUGGAAUCAGAAACAGCAUUCCAACCCCGCAGCGAAAAUGCUGUUCUCUCUCCGACUCUGAGUGCGGCAGAGGGUCCCCUCGACCCGCCGCCAACACCUAUAUCCCCACAAACAUCGAAUCCGUGGGGCGAGCCCGGUGCCAGAGCAUCGUCGCCCGCAUCGAGAGAUGCACCUGCUCGCCGACCUGAGAAACAGACGGCUGUGGCGUCGCGGUUGAUUGCUGGUGCGCUGGGGAUUCGGGCGCCGAAGAGGACGGAGGAGCAGAGGGCUUAUGAUCGUUCUGUUAAGGAACAGGAGAUUCGGCGGAAGAAGAAGGAGAAGGAGGAGGCCGCCAAGGCUCACGAGGAGAAUGAGAAGGCGAAGCUGGCUGUUUGGGAUAGUUAA